UCUUAGCGGCCAUCACGUUUGCCACGCCUCCUUGCUUAUCCAAGCCGCUCGCGCGAGAAACUACACUUCUCCAUUUCAUUGGCAAAGGGAAAAAAAAAAAUCGUGUCGCGCGGGUCUACGUCACGCAACUGAAAGCGUGUAGUUUGUGUAUACUUAGUGCACACGCUGUGUGGCACACACCACACACAAUUAUGUGGGAUUUGACAUGAAGCGAAUGAAGGGUUAACUAGAAGAAAAAAAAAGAGGAAAAAACAAAAACAAAACAUCUGAACUGAAAAGUUUUAAAAGUUAUAAUUUCGCUUUGGUGUACAAUGUGGAAAAUAUCUGGACUGUGGAUAUGUUGGUGGUUCAGUGGUGUUUAAAUUCGUAUGAAGGAUUUUACUAGUAUAAAUAUUUUUCCCUGAAAGAAAAAUAUAAUAAUUAAAAAUGGAUGUUUUAACUGACGACCCAACUCUUCAUGGAGUUUUAGGUCGUGAAUUAGGACUAGACAACGCGGGCUACGACCUGCCAGCGGAACUCGAGGAUAUAUUAAAAAGCGAGGGCAUGUGUCUUCAAGACGAGGCCCUCACCCUAGCGGCUCUCGGCCACGGCUCCCCCUACAACCACGGCUCCAACGGCAGCUGCAGCCUCUCGCACCUCAGCUACUCGGGUCAAGGCCAGGGUCAAGGUCAUCUGACCCACGACCCGUCCAAUCAAAGACACCACCUCAACCUGCUGGCCGACCAGCUGAAGCACCAACAGCAGCACUACCAGUACAGCAUACACCAGCAGAACCUACCACAAAACAGUUCAUGCGAGCACCAGCACCAGACGCAGCACCACCAGCAGCAGACACAACACCAUCAGCAACAGCAGCAGAUCAGCUCGUCGUAUUGUUCCACGUCCGGCCAGCCUCCACACCUGCCCUAUGAUGUCUACGACCAUCCGCCCUCAGUACACAC